UUAACCUAAUAUGACCGACGCUGGACUUCUUAAUAAACCCUCUUUUUCACUUGCCACAAAAACCCUAGAAGACACUCGUAAGGUCUUCUCGAGCUCCAACAAUGGCGAAAUCCAUGAGGUGCAAGAGAGAGAAGCGGCUGAGGGCCAUUAGGAGAGAUAUGGUUGAGCCUUUCUACGAGAACAAAGACGCCGCCAAGCUCGCCGCCCUUGAAGCCGCCAUGAACGCUCCUAAGCUUCCCGUUAAGCAAACAACCACCACCUCCUCCUCCGCCAUGGAAGCAGCAGAACCCACCUCAGCGGCGAACGGUAUGGAUAUUGAAAUGGCUGAUGACAAUAAUCAAAACAAGGGUUCACUAAAGCCAACUGGAGGGGUAGGGAAGAGUUCCAAAAGACAGUUCAAGGUGGGUAAAGGAAAGCGCCAUGGAAAGGGCAAAGGCAAGGGCAAGCUCAAGAGGCGUCAUAUUUAACUUCCUAGGUUUAAUAGAAUUUGUUUUGUUUUUUAAUUUCCGUCAUUUAUUCUGAUUUUGUCCUAAUAGAGAUUUAAGAUAGAAUUCCGAUGUAGAUGUAUGUGAUAUGAACGUGUUUUUUUAACGGCAGAACAUAUUCUAUCUGUUUACGAUACAUUGUUGAUUUUGCUAAGCUCUGGUGUUAAGAAGGAAAGGAGAAAUCUUAGAAUGGGAUUAGUCUCACGACAUUUUUACUUGAA